UUUAAUUUAAACAGGACAAGAUGGCGGAGGUGAGGCUGAACGGGCUGAGGGAACGGAAUCAUUUCGGACAAAACCACAAAAGACACGUCUUUGACGAAGGUGUGGGUGGUGUGGAGGAUGUUCCUCUGUCCCUGCCAGAUUGGAGGCCUCCUCCCAGGAUAGGGCCUCGGGCAGAGGCAGAUAGCGAGACAGACGAGUGGGAACAGGCCCCAGAGCGGAGUCACGAUAAGGAGCAGCCAAUAGAGGAGCCUGUGGUGGGGUUAGAGGAGAAGGCUCGGCCCAUCCAGAUUGUCCUGGCCCACGAGGACGACCACAAAUUUGAGCUGGACACGGAGGCCCUGGAGAAGCUCCUACUGCAUGAGGAUGUCAGAGAUCUCAAUGUGGUGGUGGUGUCUGUCGCUGGGGCCUUCCGGAAGGGCAAGUCCUUCCUGCUGGACUUCAUGCUCCGAUACAUGCUCAACCAGCAGCAGGAACAGUCAGACUCGUGGGUGGGGGGUGAUGAUGAGCCACUGACAGGGUUCAGCUGGAGAGGAGGCUGUGAAAGGGAGACCACAGGGAUCCAGGUCUGGAGUCAGGUGUUUGUGGUCAACAAGCCAGAUGGGAGCAAGGUUGCUGUUCUGUUAGUGGACACACAGGGAGCCUUCGACAGCCAGUCCACCAUAAAGGACUGUGCAACAGUUUUUGCCCUGAGCACCAUGACCAGCUCUGUACAGGUGUAUAACCUGUCUCAGAAUAUUCAGGAGGAUGAUCUUCAGCAUCUCCAGCUCUUCACCGAAUACGGCCGGCUUGCUUUGGAGGAAAUCUAUCUAAAACCCUUUCAGUCACUCAUGUUCCUGAUCAGAGACUGGAGCUAUCCAUACGAACACAACUAUGGACUGGAGGGAGGGAACUGCUUUCUAGAGAAGAGACUGCAGGUGAAACAGAACCAGCACGAGGAGCUGCAGACAGUGAGGAAACAUAUCCACUCCUGCUUCUCCAACAUCGGUUGCUUCCUACUGCCCCACCCUGGCCUCAAGGUGGCCACCAAUCCCAUGUUUGACGGAAGAUUAAAAGACAUUGAUGGUGACUUCAAGGAGGCGCUGGGCAAUCUGGUGCCCUUACUGCUGGCUCCUGAGAACCUGGUGGAGAAGGAGAUUGGAGGGGCGAAAGUCACCUGCAGAGAUCUAGUGGAGUAUUUUAAGGCCUAUAUAAAGAUCUAUCAAGGGGAGGAGCUUCCUCAUCCCAAGUCCAUGUUACAGGCAACGGCUGAAGCCAACAACCUUACAGCAGUUGCUGGCGCGAAAGACACUUACAGCAAAAGCAUGGAAAUGGUGUGUGGAGGGGACAAGCCCUACAUCGCCCCUCCAGACCUGGAACGUUGCCACGAGGAGUUCAAGGAGUGCUCAGUGCGUCAGUUCCGCUCCGUGAAGAAGAUGGGCGGAGAGGACUUCUGCAAGAAAUACCAGGAGCAGCUGGAGGGCGAGCUGGAUGAGGCCUACUCCAACUUCCACAAGCACAACGAGGGCAAGAACAUCUUCUACGCCGCACGCACGCCCGCAACGCUGUUCGUCGUCAUGUUCGCCACCUACAUCGUCUCAGGACUGACCGGCUUCAUCGGAAUGAACACUAUUGCCAUGCUGGCCAACCUGGUCAUGGGUGUGGCCCUCAUGACGCUCUGCAUGUGGGCCUACGUCAAAUACUCAGGGGAGUUCAGAGAUGUGGGCACCAUCAUAGACCUGUUGGCAGAGACGCUCUGGGAACAGGUGUUGAAGCCUCUGAGUGAGCAAUAUAUGGAGGAUAACGUUAGACAGACUGUGGUCAACUCCAUCAGAGCCAGUCUGACAGAACAGGCCACACAGCACACCAAGUCACACUGACCCCCCCUCCCCUCCUGCUAUCCGCUCACCCAUUCAGUGUGAUAAGUCCUAGAGCUCUGCAAACCAAAGUAUACCCACCCACCCUCCUUGUCUGCUGUACUGUCCUGUGUUACUACUGGCUCCUCUUAUCGGAUCGCUCCUGUUGGAAGGUGGACAAUCAGCGAGUUAACAAGUGGAGUUGCCAGUCUUCUCCCGCCUUUACCAAAUUGGACCCAUUUAUCGAAUGUGCCAUCUUGUAGAGGCAACCCCUACCCCCACCCAGGAUUUUAAAUAAUGAAGGAUUGUCAGUUUUGCUGGCCUGGUUUUAGUGUCUAAUACUGCCAUUAAUUAAACGGAUUGUACAUGCUUGGGUUUGAAGGGAAAUUCAGGGAAAUGCAGCUCAUACGCUGUGCCUUUGGAUGCAAGCUGAACUGUCUGCCUGGUCAUACAUACUGUAGCCAAGCCAGUCUGUUACUCCCCCUCUUCUGAUUAUUGUUUGGUUUUUAACGGAGGUGGCUUUAGAAAGUAUUUGAGCCUCAUUGUUUUUAAGGUACUGAACUUGCUUUAGCAUCUACCUACCAGUAUUACCCACUGCAUGGUAUUAGAUCUACAUAGCAUAGUGCUAAAAUAGGCCCUAGAGCUCAAGCUACUGGUUAGCGGGGAAAUAUUCAGACCAUUUAAUUUGUCUUUCUUGAAAACCCAGAAGUACAGUGGGAGUGAUCAAAGGUAUUGCAACUCUAGCAUGUUUUUCUCUUGUCAAUACAGCACUAAUGAUAUCAGUUAUGCCAACACUUUAGUACCAAUUCCAUCCACAACUGUCUCGCCUAGGAACGUGCCAGUCUGUACAGUCAUUUAUAUUUUUCAAAUAGGGCAUGAUGUAUGACAAAUAUUGAAAGAACUUUGUAUAAAUUUUUAUAGUGUUGUGGUUUUUUGAUUGGCCUAAAGUGUGGUUUAAGGAAUGUUUUGUGAUUGGUCUUACAUGUAAAAUUCCAUGUUUACAUACUAGUAUAGUAGAUAAAAAAUAAAACUCUAGGCUAGAGCACUUCGAUUCCACCUCGGACAAAGCUUUCUGGAAUUUGAGUGGGUCGAGAUUGUCUUUUUGCAUUUUAAAUCAUUUCCUGUAAUUUAUUUUUCAAUGAGUACAUUGACCUUAUUGAUUAAAACUGAUAAUUGACAGUU